UAUGCCCAGUGCCGAACACACUAACACCAGCAAGCAACACGGGCAACGUUAAGCUCCAGCAGAGGGACUGGAGGAGAAGCAGCCAUGCUGGUGAAACUGCAUGUCCCUCACACGGCGGAUGGACUGAAUCUGAGGCUGGAAGGCACAAAAGUCAUUGUAGUGUCUGUAGUCACCGCAUUCAAACAGAAACCAUGUGCCCAGAGGGUGGGGCAGUCAUUUUCCUGGAUCUCCAUCUUGUUGCCCUGGAAGUCGCACAGCUCAUACAAGCAGAUCUUGUGCUCCACGGUGUCCUGCAGCACAAAGGCAAAGUGCUGAAAGGCAAGAUGACUCACCACUGCACCAAGUUUUCGGGCCAUUGGAAGAUUAUUGUGUAUGAUGAAGAGUGCUUUCAAGGCCGGCACCAUGAGUUUACCUCUGAGUGUUGCAACGUAAUGGACUUUGGUUUUGAGAGUGUCCGCUCACUGAGGGUACACAGUGGAGCGUGGGUGGGCUAUGAGCACCCAUUGUAUCAGGGCCAGCAGUUGGUGCUGGAGUGUGGGGACUACCCUCAGUGUGAUGCCUUUGGAGGAAACAAUGCUUACCACAUUGAGAGGAUGACUUCCUUCAGGCCAAUUUCCUGUGCUAACCAUAGGGAGAGUAGGAUGACAAUCUAUGAGAAGGAAAACUACCUGGGAUGCAAGGGGGAGCUUAGUGAUGACUACCCCUCGCUGCAGGCCAUGGGCUGGGGCAACACUGAAGUGGGCUCCAUGCGUGUUCACUCUGGAGCAUUUGUCUGCUACCAGUACCCUGGCUUCCAUGGAUUUCAGUACAUCAUGGAGUGUGACCGACAUGCUGGAGAGUACAAAUACUUUAGGGAAUUCGGUUCCCAUUGUCAAACUCCUCAGAUCCAGUCCAUUCGUCGUAUCCAGCAGUAACUUACCGCCACUCAACUCUCAUCUUACACAUCAUUGCCCAAAUCUCAAUAAACUGUUUUUCAUAAACUUAACUGUUUACACAACUGGAUUUAACAAUAACAUUAAAUUUUUGUUUAUAACAUUCCAUUUCGCUACUUGAUUUCAGCUUGAUAACUGAAA